AUAUUGUCACUUUGACAUUAUAGUCUUGUAUAAUAACAUAUUUAUUUUUUUUGUACACUUUUUUAUAUUUAUAUAAUUUCUUAAAUGAGUGAAAACAUUGAAAAUACCGAAGAAGAAUCGACGAAAAAUGUAGAAACAGAACAAGAAAAUGAAAAAGAAGAAAAAUCUCUAUUGCAUAAAGACAUGCAUAUGGAUAUGCUCAUGGGAAACUUUGAUGAAACGAAAAAGAAAGAAAAAAUGAGGAAAAGUGAUGCUGAAUUAACGGAAGACACUGCUGGUGAUACCCGGUCAGGUUAUUUAGAAACAGAAGAACGGGAAGAAAAUGCUGCUAAAUCUUCAGCGCAAGAAAUGCUCGAAAGAUCUGUCUCAGCAAUCAUGGAUGUGGACGAAGAGCGGGCAAUAUUAAACACAAAGUCAAUAUUAAAAGUCGAUGCGGAUUUUUUCGAAAACCAAGAUGAUCCCAAUGAAACCCUUUCUAAGAUAACUGGAAUGACGGAUGACAUAGAAGAGGAUGAGAGAACUCAAACAUCAGUUGUAAAAUUUUCAGAAUCUGAAGUUCCUAGAGCUUCAAAUCAAGUGGACAAAAAACCAGACUUCGUAGAUAAAAGAGUAUCAAUACUACGGGUAGAAGCAGAAAAAUCAACUAGAUCAAUCGAUUCAGACGGGUUGAUGGGGUCCAUUGCAAUUAUUCCUGAAGACGAAAAAAACCACAGAAGAAAAUCAAAGAAAAGCGCCGCCUCGUACAAUUUUGAAUCCCGAAUCAAAUUGGAAUCGUUGGAAGACUUGUUUGCCAGUUUUGAGGUGCUGACCAACGGACCUGAUAUAGUUUUAGAAGAGGAAGCUCCAGAGGAAGAGGAAGUAUCAGUUUUUGAGGAGGAGGAGGAACCUCAAAUGGACAGGGCGCCAUUUUAUGAGAAGUACGAGAAAUUUGUCGAAGAGCUGCCCAUGCAGAGAAUGAAAAAUAAUUUGUUUCACAAAAAACUGGCCAUGCAUUACAAACGAAAGAAGAUGGACUAUGUGGUAAGAGAAACCGAUGUAUCCUACGACACUGUAAAAAAGUACUUCAAAAAGUUGGAGGCCUACGGAGAACUGCUUAGCUUGAUUGGCGAAGAAAAAGCAAGGGUUUACGACGAGAUUCGCCAAAUAAGGAAGGACAGGAACGUCAAAACCGCCGAGCUCAACGAAACGUUCAAGAAAAUGCAACAGAGGGAGGCGGAAGUCGGCUAUGGAUUGAUCAAUACGAAAACUGGCCAUACUAUACCCGACAAACACGUGGAACGCUUGGUAUCCAGACAAAACAAAAACAUGCAGCAGGUGAGCUCGAUGCGACUGACCUACAUCAAACUUAAGGUGAUGAUCCAGGAAAAGAUGGACGAAAUAAAGGCUCUGGAAGAGGUCGCUCCCGGCCUGUUUUUGGGCGAUUACGAUCAGAUGAAGGUCGAUAACAGGAGCUACGCGGAUAAGAUUGAAGAAAAGGACGAAGAAUUGACCAGGCUGAGAGUAAAGACUGUCAAUAUCACUCAGGUCUUGGCGCAUUUAAGAGAGAAAAUAGCGGAAUUUGAUAACGAUCUGGAAGAUCUGAUAUAUGAGAAUGAUAUGAUAGAGGCUGAUUAUCAAGGGAUAAGAUAUCAACUGAACGAGUUGAAACAAAAAAGAGAUUAUUAUCGACAUCGCAUCAACAAGAUGAGGGAAGAAUCUGGACUGCUGACUCAACCGACCUUACUGAAAGACAUGGAACAAGCAUUUAAAGAUAUCGAGAAAGAAACUGAACACCUAAGAACUCUGAAAGAUGAACACAGAAAACGGUCGAAUCAAGCGAAGAACGUCAGAAAGAAGAUGGAAGAUUUGAUGGAAGUGAGGAAAACUCACACGAGAAGGAAAACUCACUCAAUAAAGCUUCCCACAAAACCCAUCUCCGGCGUAGCGAAAAAGAGAGAGAGCAUCGAUAUGGGCGAGGCGACUUUCUACAAGGGAAGACCGUCCUUGAUGAUGCCUGUCAUUGACAGUUCGGAGUUUACAGCUUUGACAACUAUCAAGCCGCGAAUAACGUUUGACAGGAGUAGGAAAAGUAUGGGGAAACAUAAUUUAGUGAGAAGAAAAAUAGGCUAGGAAAUGUGACUUGGUAUUAAAUACAGAUAUAAUGUAUGUUUUGGUGUAGAUAUCAAAGAUAUUAA